CAGUUUCGAACGACACUAAAAAUAAUAAUGGUGGUCAAAUACUCGACUCCCUGCAAUGAAAUGAAACAGUAAACACAACAAAUUGCAAUUGGAAAAUCAAUGUAUCGUUAAUUGUGAUAGAGUCUUUUGGGUGCAUAUUCAUAGUUGCUCUCCUCUGAGCACGGAUUUUGUUUGGCAGUGGAACAAAAAUCGUCAAAGAUUGACUCCGUGUGGGGUUGGGCUUCGCCCCCUCUGCGAUUGCAGUUGGGGAACGCGCGCGGACCCAAAAGGAUGGGGGAGGGCGGGUCCCCCGGCGGGGUGGGCGGCGGCGGGGGCGGGGGCGGCGGCGGCGGCGGCGGGGGCGGGGCGCGGCUGUCACACACGUCGGAGAAGCACCCGCGCGCCAUCCUCGGCGAGCUGUCCGCGCUGCGCCGCCACAGGGAACUCUGCGACGUCGUCCUCAACGUCGCCAACAGGAAACUCUUCGCGCACAGGGUGAUAUUGUCAGCGUGCAGCCCGUACUUCCGCGCGAUGUUCACGGGCGAGCUGGCCGAGUCGCGCGCCACCGAGGUCACCAUCCGGGACGUGGACGAGCAGGCCAUGGAGCAGCUGGUCGAGUUUUGUUACACGGCGCACAUCGUCGUCGAGGAGAGCAACGUGCAGGCGCUACUGCCGGCGGCGUGCCUACUGCAGCUGCAGGAGAUACAGGACGUGUGCUGCGAGUUCCUCAAGCGGCAGCUCGACUGCUCCAACUGCCUGGGCAUCCGGGCCUUCGCAGACACACAUUCCUGCAGGGAACUCCUGCGGAUCGCUGAUAAGUUUACACAACAGAAUUUUCCUGAGGUGAUGGAAAGUGAGGAGUUCCUAUUGCUACCGGCGGCGCAGCUGAUCGACAUCGUGUCUUCAGACGAGCUGAACGUUCGCUCCGAGGAGCAGACCUUCCAGGCCGUCAUGUCCUGGGUCAAGUAUAAUGUCGCUGAACGGCGGCAGCAUCUCGCACAGGUGUUGCAACACGUACGCCUGCCUUUACUAAGUCCGAAGUUCCUGGUGGGCACGGUCUCGUCAGAGCUACUCAUCAGGUCUGACGACGCGUGCCGCGAUCUGCUAGACGAGGCCAAGAACUAUUUGCUGCUGCCUCAGGAGCGGCCACUUAUGCAGGGUCCAAGGACCAGGCCCAGGAAACCCACAAGACGAGGCGAGGUGUUGUUCGCGGUGGGCGGGUGGUGCUCGGGCGACGCGAUCGCCUCCGUGGAGCGGUUCGACCCGCAGACGGCCGAGUGGAAGAUGGUCGCGCCCAUGACCAAGCGGCGCUGCGGCGUCGGCGUCGCAGUCCUACACGACCUCCUCUACGCGGUCGGAGGACACGACGGACAGAGCUACCUCAACAGCAUCGAGCGAUACGACCCGCAGACCAACCAGUGGUGCGGCGCGGUGGCGCCGACGUCGUCGUGCCGCACGUCGGUGGGCGUGGCCGUGCUGGACGGCGCGCUGUACGCGGUGGGCGGGCAGGACGGCGUGCAGUGCCUCAACCACGUCGAGCGGUACGACCCCAAGGAGAACCGCUGGACCAAGGUGGCGGCGAUGACGACGCGGCGGCUGGGCGUGGCGGUGGCGGUGCUGGGCGGGCAGCUGUACGCGGUGGGCGGCUCCGACGGACAGGCGCCGCUCAGCUCCGUGGAGCGCUACGAGCCGCGCACCAACAAGUGGGCGCCCGUCGCGCCCAUGUCCACGCGCCGCAAGCACCUCGGCUGCGCGGUCUACGACGGACACAUCUACGCGGUGGGCGGCCGCGACGACUGCACCGAGCUCUCCUCGGCGGAGAGGUACGAGCCGAGCACGGACUCGUGGUCCCCGGUGGUGGCGAUGACGUCACGCCGCAGCGGCGUAGGACUCGCCGUCGUCAACGGACAGCUGUACGCCGUCGGAGGCUUCGACGGGACCGCCUACCUCAAGUCCAUAGAGGUGUAUGACCCGGAAUCGAACCAGUGGCGGCUAUGCGGCGCGAUGAACUACCGGCGCUUGGGCGGCGGCGUCGGCGUCAUGCGCGCGCCGCAUCAUGACAAUCACUAUAUAUGGAAUCGAAAAGACUCAGUGGUAUAAACCACACCCCCUGCCCCCCUCGCUGUAAAAUAUUCCCCCUCCACUCCUAUUGGUUAAGUCGUUACUCAUUUAUUUUAUUGUUAAUAAAAUAUAUUACUAAUUAA